UACUACUCUACAAACCACCAAGCGCCUCCUUUCAGCUUAGAAGUCGAAACAACGUGCGUGUUCCAAGCAUUCGGGAGCGUAACACAACUCAUACGCUCAUGUAACGUUCGGCAUGCUCUCACUGUUUAUGUGCCACGGUAUAAUGAACUCUCUUCAGAGAAAAGCAAAAAUGGUAAGCAUAAAACCAUCACACUUUGUUGCAAUAACAGUUCAGUCGUUGGCGGGAUUCCUAUCUAACUGGAUCGUGUCGUGUUUGGUGUGUCCAGCGUCGUACAUCAGCGCACUCACUGCUGCUAACUGGUACGCGGAACAAACAUAAAGUAACGUGCGUGUCGUCAUAGUGCGGCGCGUUUGAUGCGUAUCCGGAAGCGAACGAAGCCAUCAUUAUCAUAUCGGGCAUAUCAACGCUGCGGUUGAUCUCCACGUACAUAUCGGUCAUAUCAAAGCCUAACCACGAGAUUGAUUAACCGGCAACCGGAAGCCGGCCAAAGAGUGCCAUCCCUCCAGUUGUGUGCUGUUUUGUUCCGUGUUUCCUGCUGAUUGUCUCGUGGUGAUUUGUCAGCUGUUAACGUUUUCAUGCAAGAAGCCCAUGACGUUGGUUUCGGAUUGCAUCAAGUAUAAUAAUCAUUAAUUUAUUACAUUAACGGGCACCGAGCUAGUUGCGUUUGACGCUGGUUUAUAGCGUUUCUGUUGAUUUGUUCCCCGUCAGAGUGUGGUUUGCUGCGAGUGGUAAAGGAUAUCCAAAAACGGUCCCCUCUCUCUCUCUCUCUGUCUCUUUCUCUGUUUGAGUUUGAGUAUUUGAUUUAUCAACAGUGAAGUGAAACUUUACCCAGGUGCGGAGGAAAGCUUUCCAUAAGCAAAAGAAGAAAGUGUCCAGCGUAACCAACCGCCAAGAGCAGCAACAGCAGCGACCGUACCAUAAGCAACAGAAAUGAGUUCAAAAGCAUUACCAAAUCUAUUUAUGCUAUCAGUGGCGGUUAUUGCGCUAAUGGCGAUACUGAUCGUCGGACCACAGCCGGCCGCGGCCAACGACAGUCAGAACAUUAACCGGCUGCUUAACAAUCAGGUGAUUGUCAGUCGGCAGAUCAUGUGCGUCCUGGAGAAGAGCCCCUGUGACCAGCUUGGCCGACAGCUGAAAGCCGCCCUACCGGAGGUGAUACAGCGCAACUGUCGGAACUGCUCACCCCAGCAGGCACAAAACGCCCAAAAGCUGACGAACUUCCUGCAGACCCGCUAUCCGGAGGUGUGGGCAAUGUUGAUACGCAAGUACGGUGCCGUUUAAGAAAGAAAAAAAAUCCACCUCUCCCCAGCAUCCACCAUCAUUUGCAACUCGCGUAACGCGGACUCCAUUCCACCGAUCGAGAGCGUCGAAUGGAGUGCUGCCGAACACAACAAUGGAAGAACAUCGUGUGCGCCGCCAUGAUUGCACCAUCAUCGCCCGGUAUCAUCAAAUCGGUAUCCUCGUGCCGGCAAGUGGGAAGUACAUUCUAACGCUAAAAAAACCGAUUCACCCCUCCGAAAUCUUUUUGCCGCCAUACAUAUCUGAGCCGGUUUGAGUACAGCAUAUCAGCGAAACAUGCUUAUUGCCGUCCAAGCAUGUAUAAUUUAACGUUCAACCACAUACACAAAGCAUGCCGGCAAAUGGAACAGGGAAGCGAAGGAUCCGCGGACUGUUGUCUUCUUCGGUUGUCGCUGUGGACGCUUUUUUUCCCAUUCGCUCAAAUGCUCCGUGACAGGCUCGGGUUCGCAUACCACCCGGAAGCUGACAGUGGAAAAGUUUUAUCGUUUCGAUUGCGACACCUUUUUUUUGGGAUCGUUUCUUUUCCCCGCUGCAUACAUGCAGCCAUACACUAUUUUUAUCGCAUAAAGACACAAUUUUCCAUUCACGGAUUUGGUUCGACUCGUGUAGUUCGUGUUUUGUUGCUUUUAUUUAUUUUCUUCUCCAAUUUAAACUGACUUUAUUUUGUUUUUCACAGCACAAAAUUUCACUUGCCACAACAUCGCGUGCCAUGUUUUGCUUUUAGCUUCUCGGCAGUGGAAGCUGUCUUGUCGUGCUGUCACCAUGGUGACGGUUUCGCAAAAGAAGCUUAACGCGAACGCGUGGUAGUGUUGUGUCUGUUUCGCCUCUGUCGCUUCGCAACUUCUUGUUUGACAUCUGCUAAAUGUGUGUUUGUACGACGACAAACAGUAACGGCAUGAUGCAUAAUCGGAUUAUGGCCAGCUCGUGCUACACGCACCGCCAUCUAGCAUGGCAGCGGUCGCCAUACUUGCGCUUGGUACAUCAUUUUCUUCCCAUCAAAACAGGCUUCGCCGGCAUAGACGUUGCCAUUGCGUUGGGAGCUUAAUCGAGCGUUGACGAAUGCGGAAAUGGAAACGUUCCAGGAUGAUGGUUGUUGAAUUGGUGAAACAGUAACAAACUCCACUGGUAUAUUACUAUUGUGCGAACUCAUACUAAUAAUAAUAAAAAAUAAUAAUGCUAUGUGAUAGAACCAUAUCCCGUUCAUAUCUCCCCUUUCUGGAAAACCGCCGUGUGGAAAAAAAAAUGUAGCUACAAAAAUUGGAUAUUUUGCAUGAUUGAAAAAUUAUAUCAUAAAAAUCCCCCAGAAACAAGUAAACAAAUAAUGCAUGACGGUUAAAGAGGUAAAUAUUAACUAGAGUCUAGCUUUCCAUAGCUCCAUGUGAAUAUGAUUGUUUUCCCCCUGCAUCACGUUGUGAAGUUUUACACGAGGAAUGAACACAAUAAUCCGGAUGCACACACAGAAGAAGGAAAAAAAGACAAUUGAACAGAAUUUCUGUAUACAUACUCCCUGUGUUAGGUUAGUUUGGAGAAAUAAAGAAGAAAAUUGAAGUAAAAAUGAAAAGAAAUCAUAAA